AUGUCCGACUUCACCUCCGUCCCCAUCAUCGACUUCCAGCGUCUCCAAGACCCAGAAACAAAAGCUGAAACCCUCGCUCAACUCCGCGACGCCAUCUUCCUCGUAGGAUUCUUAUAUCUCACGAACCAUGGACUGGAAUCCCUCACCAAACGCGCGCACGCCGCACUCCCAGACCUCAUCUCCCUCCCACCCGAAACCAAAGAACAAACCAACAUGAUCAACUCGCCCUCCUUCCUAGGCUAUACGCGUCUCGGAGCCGAAACCACCGCCCUCAAAACCGACAUGCGAGAACAAUUCGACUUCGGCACCCCCAAUCUCCCACCUUACUCCUCCAAUCCAUCAACACCAAUCUGGUCCCGCCUCGAAGGCCAAAACCAGUACCCUACACCAGCCACCAAAUCCCUCGUAGAAAAAUACAUAACAUCCUUCAUCCCCCUAAGCAACACCUUCCUCCAGUACGUCGCCGAGUCCCUCUCCCUCCCGCCGACAACCUUCGACACGUACAGGGGCGCAAUGGACAGACUGAAGUUCAUCAAGUAUCCGCCUCAACCUUCUUCCUCCUCUGGGGAAGAGAAAUCCCAAGGCGUAGGCCCACAUAAAGACUCAACGGGCUUAUUCACCUUCCUCUCUCAGGAUACAACAGGUGGGUUACAGGUCCUUAAUAAACGCGGUGACUGGAUUGAUGUCCCCCCACUGGAGGAUGAGGGGGCGUUGGUGGUGAAUAUUCAGCAGGGGUUUGAGGCGAUUACUGGGGGUGUUUGCAGUGCGACGGUGCAUAGGGUUGUUGCACCGAAGAAUACAACGAGAUACAGUAUCCCCUUCUUCAUGGGGAUACGGAUGGACUUGACGUUGUCGAAUCUGCGCGAGUCGGCGAGACAUAUUGUUGAGAAGGUCCCUGCGGGGAAGUGGUCCGAUGAGGAUGAGAUGAAGCGCAGGGCGGAGGAUGUGCCGAUUCGGCGAAGCCUACCUCCGCAACCGAAUCAUCAGCCACCCUGA